AUGUCUGCAACAAGAGAAAGAACAAGAGAAGUCUUUGGUUUCAAAAAAGAAAAUUUGGAAAAUCCAAAUGUUAUUCUUUAUCAACAAGAAAUUGGUAAAUUAAAGAAAGAUUAUAGAGAAUUAUAUGAAGCAUCAAAGGCAUGGAUGGAUUCAUUGGCAAAGAUGAAAGUUGAAGGUGAAUUAUUAUCAAAUGCAUAUAAUAAUUUCGGUCAAACUACUUAUCAUAAAGAGGGUAUUAAUUUAUCAAAGAUUCAUGUUUAUUUGGAUAAAUUUAAUCAAAAUGCUAAAUUACUUUAUGACAAUGUUGAAGAUAAUUACUUUAAAGAAAUUCAUGAUUGUUACAUUGACCAUAUGAAAGCAAUCGAUACUCAUGAUAACAAAACCCAUCAUGACAAACUCUCUUAUGAGGAUGCUUCCACCGUUUACCAUAAGCCAAUGUACCAUGAAGAUGAAAAGAAAGGUAGAGACCGUUUCAAUAAAAUGACAACUGCCCAAUCUGUUUACCAAGCUGAUUACAUUCAAUACAUGCAAUUAUUAGCAAAUUUAGAAUCAAGAACUGAAUAUGAUAUUCCAUUAGCAUUUAGAGGUUUAAUGAAAGAUAUUGAAACUUUCUUUGAAAAGGGUCGUCAAGAUUUCAGUUAUAUCGAUCUCCCAGAAUGGAGGAGAUCCGAUGGUAAAGAUUCUUUCCUUGAACCAACUCUUAAUGAAAAGUACACUAAUUGGAACGAGAAAAGAGAAAUCCCAGUUGUAGAGACUGAAACUGUUGAAACUAAAGAGGUCGCUUCUGGUAGUAAUACAGUUUAUACCACAACCAAAACUACUACAACCGCCCCAAUAACUGAAUCUCAAGCAGAUACAAUCAAAAGUGAUUUAAUUGGAAACCCAAUUAACUAA